CCUGAAACAGGGGAUUUAAGGAUUAAAAUAGAAUGAAGAAUAUAACCUAGUAUCAGUCACUGUGUGCUUAUAAGGAAAGGAAUGCACGAUGUACAACAUAUAGUAUCAGUCACUGUGUGCUUAAAUAAAGAAAGGAAUUCACGAUAAGAGACCCCUGAAGUAUAGGAAGGUGUCCCUCUCCAUAAAAGAACAAAGUCUGCAACCAAGAGACUACAAGCGCAUGCGUGGAAAGACAAGGUGAAAAGUUCAACGAGUGAGGAAGACUUUUACUUCAUCGUUUUCUGCCCACAGACUCAUUUGAAGACCACCGACUCAAUUAACCACGCAGCUGCAAUGAAUAUGCAGCUAAUUUCCAUACGAAGCGGGGAAACAGGCGGGGCAGAAAAUCAAUAUGUAUAGGCGAUUUAGAAUAUGCAUGUACUUCCUAGAUAAAUAGAAGGUUAAGAAGCAUGUAAGGUACGCAGGAUUUGGGAGGAUGCUCUCCCCCUGCGUCCAGCGCUGAAUAAAAUACGUACCUACUCCACAACUUUACGGGUUGUGAAGUCUAUUUUCCGCGCUUCAUUUGGCACCCCAGAUGGGACCUUCCUGUCUGUCUGCAGGACUGAGCUGAGGGCCGGACGACUCCACGGCGCGCCCCGGGAUUUCCUGGAGGAGACCCCGACCCCGGCUCGCUUACUGCAGCGACAGAAAGGACCACUGGCUGGCGGAUGAAACGCUUGCCAAGGACUUAGAGGCCUGGGAGGCCCCCCAGAAGAAGGAAAGCUGCUGCAGUACGUAGACGAUCUUCUAAUAGCCACUAAGACGGAAGAAGCAUGUGUGGCCUGGACGGUGAGUCUCUUAAACUUUUUGGGACUCCAGGGGUAUAGAGUAUCAAAGAAAAAGGCUCAGGUGGUGAAGCAGAAGGUUAUCUACCUGGGAUACGAAGUUAGUGCUGGACAACGGACCUUAGGGCAACAGCGUAAAGAAGCAAUAUGCCAAACUCCACAACCCCAGACAAUAAAGGAACUGCGAACCUUUUUAGGGAUGACAGGAUGGUGUAGGUUGUGGAUCUACAACUAUGGGUUGCUUGUUAAACCUCUGUACACGCUUAUGGCAAAUGGCAGCAGAGAUCUCAAGUGGACCAAAGAGGCCACUCAAGCCUUUCGUCGAUUAAAGGAUGCUCUUAUGUCAGCCCCAGCCCUAGGACUUCCUGAUGUAAGUAAACCAUUCUUUUUGUUCUCCCAUGAGAAACAGGGGAUUGCCCUGGGAAUACUAGCACAGAACCUCGGGCCAUACCGAAGGGCAGUUGCUUACUUCUCUAAGCAGCUGGAUGCAACGGCCAAAGGAUGGCCAGGGUGCCUCAGAGCGGUGGCAGCAGUUGUGAUGAAUAUUCAAGAGGCACGCAAAUUCACCCUGGGCCAGAAAAUGACUGUAUUGGUGUCUCACACAGUAUCUGCAGUAUUGGAGGUAAAAGGGGGGCACUGGCUUUCUCCACAAAGAUUCUUGAAAUACCAAGCUAUUAUGGUGGAACAAGAUGAUGUGGAAAUAGUGGUGACUAAUAUUGUCAACCCAGCUUCUUUUCUCAGUGGAAAUCAAGGAGAACCAGUACACCACGAUUGUUUGGAGACUAUCGAAGCCACCUACUCCAGCCGACCAGACUUGAAGGACACCCCUUUUGACAAUGCAGAAACCUGGUUUACUGAUGGAAGCAGCUACGUCAUCGGUGGGAAGCGAUAUGCUGGGUAUGCAGUUACCACCAGUAAAGAGGUACUAGAAUCUGGAUCUUUGCCAACAGAUACCUCUGCACAGAAGGCUGAGAUAGUUGCCCUGAUCCGUGCCUUGGAAAUGGCAAAAGGGAAGAGAAUAAAUAUAUAUACAGACUCAAGAUAUGCAUUUGGGGUUGUGCACGCACAUGGAGCUCUCUGGAAAGAAAGAGGACUGUUAAACUCACAAGGAAAGAACAUAAAACAUGCACAAGAAAUAAUGCGAUUAUUGGAAGCAGUCCAGAUGCCUGAGAAGGUAGCAAUCAUGCACAUUAGGGCACACCAGAAGGCUCUCGAGGGACCGAAGUGGCAGCAGCAGGACCUGCGGGGUCUGGCCCGUGGGAGCAGCCUGGCAUGA